UGAAACUUGGGGGGAGAGAGAGAAAGAGCAGGAAACAGAGAGAAAGAAGGGACCGCACGGUGACCCAGAUUUUAGCGGGUCGAACGACGACAAGCCGGUACGAAGAAGUCACGGUGGACUCUCUGAAAUGGGACACAUCGCAGCCUGGAGCUAAAUUAGCCGCGAUGUCCAAUAAGAGUAAGUCCCAGCCGCAGCAGCAGCAGCAACAGCAGCAGCAGCAGCAGCAGCAGCAACAUCCUUCGCACGUGAUUAAAACGACAGUGGACCAAGUACCGCCGCGAUAUCAGCCACCGCCGCAACCGACCAGCGGUAUCCUCAAGAAUCAUCCUCAUUUCGUCGCUAACCCUGCUGUGCCGACCUCCGUGUCAACUUCGGUUCAAGGUCCAACCGCGACCUUGAAUCAUCAUCAGUCGACGCAACAGCGACCGGUGUCGCAGCAAAAGGAUGCGCAGAGCAAGUAUUCGCCGAGGAUAGAGCACCGACAUCAUCCUCAAGGCGGAAACACGUUGAUUGCACCCGUCACCAAAACCCAACCGCAUAGUUACCUUCAGGCCAAGGUCGGCCAAGGUCAGUACUUGCCGCCUAACGGUCAAUAUCCCACGGUAAACAGUACACAAACACCGCCGAUCAGACAGAGGAUCAGCGACGACGAGUUCCUGAGGCUCGGACCCGUGGAGAUGCUCAAGUUUGUCCGUAAGACCGAGAGCGACAUCGCGAGGCUUGCUGCCGAGCAAAAUCGACAGAUACAGAGCUUGUUAAGCGAAUUGCGAGCGUUGAAAGAGGCAAACCAAAGAUUAAGCGAUGAUAAUCAGGAACUACGGGAUCUCUGUUGUUUCCUGGACGAUGAUCGACAGAAAGGGCGAAAAUUGGCAAGGGAGUGGCAAAGAUUUGGACGAUACACGGCAAGCGUCAUGCGACAGGAAGUUUCCGCUUACCAAAAUAAGUUACGACAAUUGGACAACAAGCAACAAGAGUUGAUCAAGGACAAUCUUGAAUUGAAGGAACUGUGCCUUUAUCUGGACGAAGAAAGAGGAGGUGGUCAAAGAGAUGACGGAGAUGGUUCGAGUUCCAGCACCAACGCUGAGGAAACUGCACCUCCUAGACCUAGACAUAUUUCUACUUUUAACGAUCAAACUAUGCAAUAUGUAAGGAGUUUGGAACAACGCGUAAAACAACUCGAAGAAGACAAGAGCGUUCUGCAAGCACGCGCUCAAGGAUGGGAAGUGCAACCCGGUGAAAUUUGGGGAAAUCAAAAUAGUCCCAGUGAAAAUCCCCAUAUAGGAGGUCGGCCAGAAGCAGUAGUACGAGCUCUUCAAGUUCUCGAGGUUCGAGAACAACUUGAAAGAGAGGAGGGUGGCCACGACGGAGAGAAGGCCUUGGUCAGAGAAAUGUGCAAUGUUGUUUGGCGAAAAUUGGAAGAAGGUCCACAAACGAGGCACUGAUAAUUGUUUCUCUUUAUUAUUAAAACAUGAUUUGUUAAAUCAUAGUGUAAAUCGCGCGAUCUGUACGUCCGGGUAGCGUAUCUGAUAGUAUUAUAGUGGUUAAUGUAAAUGUUAUGAAUUUCAUAGAUUUAUACAUGUGUACCUUUACAAGUAUUUCGAUGUAAGGAUCAAUGUGCCUAGUUUGCGAUAUUUCUGUAAAUAUCGUACCGCCGUUAGAUUGUUUACAUGAACUGUUAACAAACUUUAUUUUUAUUAUAAAUUCCGCAUAAUUUACUUUCGUACAUCCUAUAGAUCCUGUCCUCUCUAAAAAACGAUAUAAACCUUCGCGUAUUUUACGACGAAAUCCAUAAAACCAUCGUAUCCUGAAAAUAAUCACGUGCAGAGUUUACUCUUCGCCCUAUUCGCGAAAGGGGCUCUUUUUGUACACUGAUUCGCUUUCUAUUUUUAGCCUAUCAAAAAAUCUUCUUUCAGUACUUCUGUACACUAUGAUGUCCUCCAUUUUCGAGGUCUUAUUUCACAAAUGCAUUCAUUCAGAGAUUUUUAAAUGUAAACUUUAAAUAAAGUAUACAGAGUUUUAAAUAAAGCAAUCAUAAACUAUACGAAUAUCGUAGUCGAAAAUCAUUUGAUCUAUUACUAUUAAAAUUACACGAAUACGGACAAUUUGAUUCAAAUUAUAUGUGAGAACAUUGACUACACGUACAAAAUUGCAAUUCGAAGAAACAUUGUUUACACAGGUACAUUGCUGUAUCUAUAAUCGUCGCCAAAGAUGUAGAUCUUCGUGGUUAAUCGUCGUCGAGUUUGCGCCAACCCGGGUGAAAAGUGAAAGUGGGGAUCACGUUCAGUCACUCGUGUCCGGAGAGAUGAGAAUCAUCGGUGAU